AUGUACCUCCACCCAGCUUCGAGUCCGCCAUUAACAGGCCGCGCCUGGCCCGGCUGGCUACCCUCCUUUUCCAACGAUGCUGGCGGUGGGCAUGACGAUGGGGACCAUCCCGACAAGGAUCUCCAGAACUGGUCGAGUCUAAUCGGCAUAAUAACCGCCAUCUGCGGCAAUGUCCUCAUUGCUCUGGCUCUCAACGUCCAGCGGUAUGCGCAUAUUCGGUUACACAGACACAAAGUGGCAAUGCGGGAGCGCGCAAGGCAGGCACUGAAGCAUGCCAAUUCUGCGUCGCAAAGCUCUGGACUAGGGGGCUAUGGAGCGGCCGAGACAUCCCCCUUGGACGGUGUGCUGAGUGAGAUCAGUGAAGAAACCCGUGAUUCGACCGAGACGGACCCCCUCACGCAUUCGUUCCGGUCCGACGACUCUCGCUGGAGCGGAAGCUCUGACAGCGACGAAGCCAAGGUCCCCUCGACGUAUCUCAAGGACCCUUACUGGUGGUUGGGGCAGGUUCUCAUCACGGUGGGUGAGAUGGGCAACUUUUUGGCCUAUGGCUUUGCGCCGGCGUCUAUUGUCAGCCCGCUCGGCGUGGUUGCUCUUGUUUCGAAUUGUGUGAUAGCGCCCAUCUUUUUCAAGGAGAUAUUCCGCCAACGCGACUUCUGGGGUGUCGUUAUUGCUAUCGGAGGCGCGGUUACGGUGGUCUUGAGCGCAGAUUCGGAGGAGACCAAGAUGGGGCCGCACGAGGUGUGGGAUGCCAUCACCACCAUGGAGUUCAAGAUUUAUAUGGGCGCCAGCUGCGGUCUGAUUGCGCUGUUGAUGUAUCUCAGCCCUCGGUACGGGAAUCGUACCAUUCUUAUCGAUUUGGGCCUGGUUGGCUUGUUUGGAGGCUACACAGCGCUUUCAACCAAGGGUGUAUCCUCGAUGCUCUCAUCAACCCUCCUCGGUGCUUUCACCACUCCAGUCACCUAUGUCCUUCUCUUCGUCCUCCUCUCAACGGCCAUCAUGCAGGUCCGCUUCCUCAACAAGGCCCUCCAGAGAUUCGACUCCACCCAAGUCAUCCCGAUCCAAUUCGUCCUGUUCACGCUCUCCGUCAUCAUCGGCAGCGCUGUCCUCUACCGCGACUUUGAGCGCACUACCAAGGAACGCGCCGCCAAAUUCAUCGGUGGCUGUCUCCUCACCUUUUUCGGCGUCUUCCUCAUCACGAGCGGCCGGCCCCGCCACGACGACGAAGACGAAGCCGCCCUCUCCGACGCCGAAGGCAUAGAAGAAACCAUCGGUCUCUCCAACCAAGAUCCCGGCACCAACUCCCUUGCCCGGACCUCCUCCCGCAGAGGUAGCGACUCGGCAGUUGUAGGACGAUCCAGGCGGUCUUCCCGCGUGAGCUUCACAAACAAACCCUUAGCCGCCCUUUCCAAGCAGAAACCCUCUCUCAUCAACGAGGACGAUUACGAUGAAGACCACGAGGAUGCGCCUUUGUUAGGUCCAUGGAGGGACAGCACGCCCCCUAAUCAUAACCAUUUCCGCCACCCAGGGAUGGGGGCACAUACCAUUUCUUCGGAUUCCGUUCCCUCCGUUAUACCGUCAGCGGCAGUCUCAGAUACAGACCAUAACCCAUUGGUGACUUUGUCUUCAACGCCCCCACCAAUAACCACCAUCCCACCUACCACACCCCGAAGCCACCCUCUAUUCCGAGGAUCUUCACCACAGUAG